AUGAACUCAUCCGUGAACACCGUUUUCUUAUUCGCGGUGCUGGCGUUGCUGCAGUACGGUCUGGUGCAGUCCAAACCCUCCAUGGUCGCCGCGGCUGCUGUCUACGCGGCCAGGCUCAGCCUGAAGAAGACCCCUCUGUGGACCGACACUCUGAAGCACCACACUGGCUUCACUGAAGCACAACUGAUGGACGCGACCAAGAUCCUGGUGGCCUCGCACUCCACCGCGCCGGACAGCAAGCUGAAGGUCGUCUACAAGAAGUACUCGAGCGAGAAGCUGGGAGGAGUCGCCCUUCCAGAUUAGAUCAUGCUUG